UGGGCAUGAAGGUGGAGUUAUAGGGCAGGCCCUGACACAUGCGCAGGGUGAUAGGUUCACAGGUGAACAUGCUGUGGCUCCCAGCAGCAGACUCCAUGGGGAUGGCUUCUACCACCACUGCUGGAGCCAUCAGCAUGGACACACACAGCACCCACAGGAGCCCCAUGGUCCCCGCAGGCAGGGGCAAGGACAGGGGCAAUGACAGGGGUAAGGAGGGACCCAGGCUGGACACAGGGACAGUCCGAAUGAUCACCCUCAUUCACAAAGGUUGGCGCAAGAGAGAGAGCUCACGCGUGGUACAGAUCUGACUUGUUGCAGAUUUGUAGCAGCUGAAAGAUGUCCUUUGCACCGAUGACCUCACUAACCUCGGCCAAGAUGACCUCACUAACCUCGGCCAAGAUGACCUCACUAACCUCGGCCAAGAUGACCUCACUAACCACGGCCAAGAGGACCUCACUAACCUCGGCCAAGAUGACCUCACUAACCUCGGCCAAGAUGCAGACGAAAAUGAGUGCCUGGACACCUCUUAACCACCAGCUGUCUAAUAACAAUGUGUUUGAAGAGCGAAGAAACCUGCUGGGAAAAUGGUUUGACAAGUGGAGUGACGGCCAGAGGAAGGCGGUUCUACAGGACUUUUUCUCGCGGUGUUCAGUGGGCCAGCUGCGUUUCCUCCGUCAGAACCUGACCAAGAGGGUUCCAGAAGAGAACCUAGACUUCACCUCUGUCCUGCCCAGAGUUCUCUCUCUCUAUGUCUUCUCUUUCCUCGACCCCAGGAGUCUUUGCAGGUGUGCACAGGUGAGUUGGCACUGGAAGGGUAUAGUUGAGUUGGACCAGCAAUGGAUGCCCAAGUGUCUUAAACUGGGCUGGUGCAUCAACUUUGCUCCCACACCAUUUGAACAUGGGGUCUGGAAGAGACACUACAUAGAGACCGUACUGGAGCUCCACAUCGGCAAACCUAAGACUCUAUCACAGCAGGAGUUCAUUGUCCCCGAGGUGACGUCCAUAAACAGUGUGACGUUUGACCAAUCAGAGAGCUUCCUCAGAGAGGUGCGAUCCGCACGUCCCGUCCAGCAAGAGAGGAGCGGUGGCGGCACCACAAGGUGGUCAGGGGGGUCCCAGCUGAAGGGGCUACCCCCGUGGAGGGGUGCAGACAGACACCCCACUGACACCGUGCGAUUCAAUUAUCUGGAAAAUCUGGACCCCAUAGAGCACGCCCACCAAGCAAAAGUGAAGAGCAGAGGGGUCUUCAACACAUACAAUGAAAAUAAGAAAGAGUUGUCUGCAUUCAAUUAUAAACUGCGCAAGGCAAAGUCAUUGAUGUUCCUGUCCUUGGACCUGACUCCAGGUUCGGGUUCUGGAGCAGGACAGCAGAAGCAGAACCGGUUCCGCCCCCAAUGGGCCACACAGAGCCUAGAUUACCCUGUCACCAAGGCAACAGCCAAGAGCCUGUCGCGGUCGAGCCAAUGGAACGCUGGGAUACGACCUGGUCCUGUGAGGCCAGCGGUGCCCAGGCUCAGUCAGGAAGGACUGAGGGCAUCAAUGAGGACAAACAGGAGUACUCCUAGUUAGAAACAUCUUUCCCUCCCUCCCUUCUUUCCUCCUUUUCUUCUUUCCUAAUUUCCUUAAAUCUGUCCAUCGCACAGGACACACAGGACCACGCCAGACAAUAGAUGACCAAUCCUUUCAAUGUACAUUCUUGGUUGAACUAACAGAAUGAGCUCUCCAUCAAAAAGGAAACUUGUGUCCAAGGAAAUACGUGACAUUACAUUCUUAUUCAAUGAAUGCUUUCUUUCACCGCGUGAAUGUUCUGUAUCAUGUAUGAUGUAUAAUUGACUUACAUGGUUUGAGGUUUCAGCAGCACCACUGUGGAUCAGUCGAGUGAACUUUAUCGCCACCCUGUGGAACACGUUAGUACUGUAGCGUGGAACAGAACGCAGCAGCGGUGCUCAACUGGAGUCUGACCAAU